GGGGCCACAAGGCCAAGCAGUGAGCAGAGCUGGGGAGCCAGGCCCCCAGCAACCAGGCAGAUGCUCCGACAGGCGCUGGGGCCCCUUUAAGGGGGCGGGGCCCGCUGUUGCCUGGAGACGGAGGGACGCUGCUGCGAAGCCGGAAGUCCAGGAGCGGCUGCAGACCAACGUCCAUACCUGGGACUCAGCUCCCGACCACGUGGACCGCGGAGAAAAAAUCUCCGUGAGGCCCUGCAGUGCUGGGCUCUCAGGCUUCGGGUCUCUGGCAGAGCGAUAGGCCGGGCUCCGCCCAGCGAGCGCCAUGGUGAAGGAGAAGAAGAAAGUGGAGAAGAGAGUGGACAAGUCGGCCCGCUCGCCCUCCUCCAUCUCCGAGUACCCCGACUUCUCCAAGCAUGAUGGUGGUGCUGCCCUCAGGCAGGAAGCCACCCCCAUUGCCUACCUGCCCCCAGAGAAGAAGCCCAAGGAGCUGGGGGCCAAGCGGGAGUCCAAAAGGGAGGACCCGCAGGUGGAGGAUGCCACACUCUAUGAGGAGCCCGUCCUCACCAGGCUCAUCGUCGAACGCUACGAAGGGGAGAAAAUCCGGGGACUGUAUGAGGGAACGGGCUUCGCUGCCUUCCUGGGAGGCUGCACCUACCGCGGCGUGUUUUCAGAAGGACUCAUGCAUGGAUCGGGCACUUACGUUUGGGCUGACGGGUUGAAAUAUGAGGGCGAGUUUGUGAAGAACAUCCCCAUGAACCACGGCAUGUACACGUGGCCAGACGGCAGCACGUACGAGGGCGAGGUGCUGAGCGGCCUGAGGAAUGGGUUCGGCGUGUUCAGGUGCGGGGCACGCCCCGUGUCCUACAUCGGCCACUGGUGCCACGGCAAGCGGCACGGCAAGGGCUCCAUUUACUACAAUCAAGAGGGCACCUCCUGGUAUGAAGGAGACUGGGUGUACAACAUCAAGACCGGCUGGGGUAUACGCUGUUACAAAUCCGGAAACAUCUACGAGGGCCAGUGGGAGAACAAUAUGCGUCAUGGGGAGGGCAAGAUGCGCUGGCUGACUCGGAACGAGGAGUACACAGGCCAGUGGGAGCGGGGCGUCCAGAAUGGCUUCGGCACACACACCUGGUUCCUGAGGAGAGUCUCCAGCUCCCAGUACCCCCUCAGGAACGAGUACGUCGGCGAGUUUGUGAGCGGCUGCCGGCAGGGCUAUGGCAAGUUCUUCUAUGCCAGCGGGGCCAUGUACGAGGGGGAGUGGGUCUCCAACAAGAAGCAUGGCCUGGGCCGAAUGACCUUCAAGAACGGGCAUGUAUAUGACGGGCCGUUUUCCAGUGACCGUAUUGCGGAGUUCCCGGACUCAGACAUGGAGUUCCUGAGUACCCUGGACCUGACUUCAUACUCCCUGGUCAGGGACCAGAGCCACGGACCUGACCUCAGCGCUGAAAUCAUCAGGAAGCUGGAUGGCAGCCACAGCAAAUCCGGGCUGGGGUCCAGCAUUGAGCUGGACCUGGACUCGCUGCUGAGGCUGUACCCGGAGGAGCAGCAGCCGGAGGAGAAGAAGCAGGUGGAGUACGCUGUCCUAAGAAACAUCUCGGAGCUGAGAAGGAUCUAUAGCUUCUACAGCAGUCUGGGCUGUGACCGUUCUCUGGACAACGCCUUUCUGAUGACAAAGCUCCACUUCUGGAGGUUUCUGAAGGACUGCAAGUUUCACCACCAUAAAAUAACUCUUGUCGAUAUGGACAGGGUGUUGAGUUCCCAUAACAAAAUCCCACCAGACGAAGUCCACUCCCCCUUCACCACCAUCCUUCCAAGGACAUUUCUCAACUACCUGCUGCAGCUGGCUCACCACAUCCACCACCAGGAGUUCCAAAACAAAAUCCCGUCGCUCUUUCUGUGCUUCACCAAGCUGAUGAGGGAGAACAUCCACCCUAAUGCCUGCCGCGUGAGAGGCAAUCUGUUCAGCGAGCACCAGCGGACGCUGGUCUCCAUGAACUACAUGGACAAGAGCUGGGAGGUGUUUGAGGCCUACUGCCGGCCCCCGGUGGCCAGGUCGCAGGAGCGCUGCAUGAACGUGCGGCACUUCCUCUGGAUGCUGAAGGACUUUAAAAUGAUCAAUAAAGAACUGACGGCCCCCAGAUUUGUGGCGGUCAUGGCCGAAGACAACCCUCUCAUGCAUGACGGCAUCGACAGCAACUUUGAACUUGAGCUGGUCUUCCUGGAAUUCUUUGAGGCUCUCUUAAGCUUCGCACUCAUCACCGUUACUGACCAGACCACCAAGUCCUACUUAGACCUCCAUGAGAACUUCAGUCUGUCGGGAAGCAGAUACGGGAGCGUCUACUCAACAAUGAACCAGAACAUUCCCAACAUCAGUCCCAGCACGGAGGUGAGCCAGGAUUCUAUGAGCACCAAGUCAUCACCAAGCAAGACUGAAACCAGCAAGAAGAGGAAGUCGGCGGAGUCCAAGAGCAGGAAGACUCUGAGCAUCGAUCAUAUCCCCAAGGCACGCAAACCUUCGGGAAAAGGACCCACCUCCGCAUCUCCAAAGGUGAGAAGCGAUAAGGCCAAGGAUGAGGAGAAGGCGAAGCAGAGCCUGUGGCUGAACAGCAUGCACACCUUCUUCGUGAGCACGCUCUUCCCAGCCUACAGACACGAGGAGCGGCUCAAGGAGAUGAUCCAGGAGGACCGGCUCCUGAGUGAGGUGGCGGAGCGGCAGAGGAAGAUCGAGAAUGACGAGCUGGAAGCCAGGCUGAACAGCUUGCGUGAGGAGGAGGCCAAGAGACUGGACGAUGAGCUGGACGUGGCGACUAUCAAGGAGGCGCUGGAGAACUCGUCCCCGAGCUUCACACAGAGCCCGCCGAAAGAGGACACGGUAGCGCCCCAGCCCACCAAGGCCGCCUCAGGCAAGAAGAAGAAGAAGUAGGGGUCAGAGGAAGGAUGCCUGCACAAUAAAGCUGAUGGCGAUUCCC